AUGUUUUUUGCUAAAUUCGCCAUUUUAAUCAUCAGUGCAUUAUUUGCCUUUUCCGGUGUCAAUGCCAAAGACUGUUCCCAAAGCAAUGGUUACACUACUGGUUACACCUUUGCAUCAUUCAACGCUAUCCCACUUGGUGGUGGACAAUCUGAAUCAUUCUUUGAAGUUGGUGACACUUCAGUUGAUUUCCAAGGCCAACGUAUAAGAGUUGAUUUUGAAAUCAUUUCCCAAGGAUACCCAACCAUCAAUGCAUCAUUCUGGGGAUUCGGUGGAAAUAUCAACAAAGCAUACGUCCUUUCUGAUGGUGUUUGCACAGUUUCACCACUUUCAACUCCAAUUCCAGGUUCAAUUAUCAAUGGCACUGUUGCUGGAAAGACUAAAUUGGGUAGUUUCGAUGUUGAUGUAAUCAAGGUUGAACCAACUGCUUCCUCUGGUCAAACUCUCUUUGCUGACCCAAAGAAAUGUGCUGGUGUCGCUGCCACCUUUUACAAUAUCGAUGCUGCCAACCCAGGAUUUGCCAACAUGUUAUUCUUUGAUUUCGUCGACCAAUACACUGAAUCAUUCUUUGUACUUCCAUCACAAUGUUCGCAAGCCAACGCUCAAUUGGCCUCAUUUGCUGCUCCACACACUCCACACUUUUCUCGUUACCUUCAUUAA